UGAGACCAGAAACCUUUGUUCUGUCUCUCCUCCCAACGCGAGAAUAAAAACAAGAGCCUGCCAAUGCUUCCAGCAAAACUGCGCUCGCAUUUUGUGGGUUGGCGAUCGCUGAUGGACGUUUUGUUACACAGAAAUUAACAGAAUCUUAAUCAUUAGGCUUUAUAUAUAUAUACACACUUUUUUUUUCCUGAUCGCUACAACCGGAGGGAGAUAUCUGUACGUUGUUUUUUCCCUAUCAGCUGCUAAAUGGAAAUAAAACGCGGAACUGAAAGUGGAAGCAGUGGAGGUAAUGAUCUUCCUCUCCGGUACCUACGCCUCCUGGCCCCGCCCUUGCAGCUUUUAUCAGCUGCAGUGUGGCAAAUUGUGCAGCAGGGACUUGUGGAUCACUAUGGGAUGCUGGAGGAGUUUGUCACCAUGGUGACGGAGCUGGUCCCAGAGCUGAUGAGCUACAGUCAGAGGGCUCAGCUCAUCCUGGGACUCAGGGCCAGGCUGGUCCUGGAGAUGUGUCGAGGCGAGCACCCAAUGGACAUGCAGGCUAUUCAGCCACACCUGGACCGAAUUAAAGCCCCUGUCAGCACUGCCAAGGAUCACCAUGUCACCAUCAACCAGGUGGAAGAGUCUGAGGUUAACUUUGUGGAGUUGGUCCAUUCGUUACUGGAUGAUCCCUCUGAAAGAAAAUAUUUCUUCCAGGAAAUCUUCCCCGUAUAUUUUGGGCCAAAGUAUGACACAGCACUUGAGAUGCUGGUGUGGGAGUUCAUAUCGAGACUGGACGAGCUCCUCCCCGUUCCAGACUUCACUCAGCUGGCAGCUCUGCUCGGAGACGCUCCGACAUUCCUAGACGACUGUUUACAAUCCCUUUUCCCGCCAGAGGACAUGAAGGCUGUACUUGAACACCACAGAAACCUUGGUCAUUUUGAAGAGAAAGAUCCUAGAUUAUUACCGAUGGAUGACUGCAUCCUCUCCUCCCUUUCGCUACCUCCUGGGGCCAAAGUUGUCAAGAGCACCACCUCCUGCUCACCUGCUCUCAAUGACUCAACCUCUCCGGAGCACAAAGGGCGUCUCGAUGCUCCCAUCAACACAAGCGGCUCGGAGAGGGCGGGCAGGAGGAGCUCCGAGACAAGCAGACAAAGACUCAAGGAGACAAAGGACUCUGACGGUUGGCAGCUGCAGGUUAGAGGAGGGAACGUUUCUCAGGAGAGGAAAGUGCAAAGUUCAGUUAGUGCACAACCAUGUGAUGAAACCAUAGACCUCACUACACCUAAUGAGACUGCGGAGACGGACUCGGCAGCCAAUGAGGACAGCCAAAGCUUGAGAGGAGCGAGGGUUCUCAGGAAGAGGAAGCUGAGCGGAGGUGAAGACGUACCGGCUAAGCAGCCUGUGGAGGCGUCGGUUUUCUUGGAUUCCUCUGUGGACGACAAUUCAGGUGAAUCUCCUCUAAUCUCGAUAUGGGGAGAAUAUACAGACUCUCAGGAAGGUUCUCUCCCAGUUGUGACGGAUAUGAAGGUUCCCUGGUCAGACGAGGAGACGCUCCAUCUGCUCGACAUCUGGGGGAAGGACUCGGUGCAGCGGGCUUUGAAGGGCUGCUUAAAAAACCGUCACAUAUUCACGCAAAUCGCACAGAAGAUGGCAGAGAGGGGCUACAUGAGAACAGUGGAACAGUGCCAGACCAGGAUCAAACGGCUGAAGAAAUGCUUCCGCCAGAACAAAGGAAACUCGAGGCUUGAGAGUAAAUUUUACGAGCGACUGGAGUGCGUCCUCCGCUCCUCGGCUCCUCCGGCUGUUCCUGAGGUCACCUACGAUGUUGAGGAAGUCCUCGAUGAAGAUGAAGGCGAUGAGGACUUGCAGUUUCUCGGCCACGCAAGCCGUUUGGAAAUAGGAACCAGAAGCGUUCCAUGGACAGACCCGGAGACGUUGGCCCUCAUCGACACGUGGGGUGAAGACAAGAUGCAACAGGAGCUGAGAGGGAUGCACAGAAACGGACAUAUUUUUUCCAUCAUAUCCACCAAGAUGGCCGCCCAGGGCUUCUCCCGAACACCAGAGCAGUGCCAGACGAGGCUGAAGAGGCUGAAAUCGAACUUCAGGCAAUGUUACCAAAACAACCUGAAGGGACAGGGCCAAGUUGAGUGCAAGUUUUACAAUGAACUGGGAAGAAUUUUAGUGAAGGACUUCGCCUCAGUGCCGCAGCUGGACGAGAUACUAGGAGAGCCUGAGGACGGCGACAUUCCUACCCUCUCCCAUCAGGAUAUCGAGUCUGUUGUGGGCAUCCAAGAAGACAGGAAGAAAGUCCCCUGGUCCGACAAAGAGACCAUCAUCCUUCUGGAGAUCUGGGGAGACGUGCAGGUCCAGCAGAGCCUGAGACGCUACCCACACAACGGUCACAUUUUUACCGAAAUAUCAGAGAAGCUCAGCGCCCAUGGUUACACCCGCAGUGCGGACCAGUGCCACACCAGGAUCAAACGGCUCAAAGCUAACUAUCGCCAGUGUCAGGAAAACAUGAGCUCAUCUGGGACUGAUAGAGUCGAUUUUAAAUUCUACGAUCUGCUGGAACAAAUCCUGGAGAAGCAGCCGUCAACAUCCGCCGCUGUGGUAACCGACUCCAUUGAAAUAUCAGAAGACUCCAACAGUGAAUCAGUGACUGAAACAGAUGGAGACAUUGAGGCCUUGUCAAGUGAAAAAGCAGCACCCAGCACAUGGUCAGAUGAGGAGACCCUGGCGCUUAUCGAUAUCUGGGGCGAAGAAGACGUUCAGAGGGCGCUGAGGGGUUUUGUCCAUAACGGACACGUUUAUGCCGACAUUGCCGAGAGAAUGCACGACCUCGGCUUCUCGAAAACCUCGGAGCAGUGCCGCUGGAAGGUCAAGUCCCUGAGGAACAACUUUCGACAGUGCUACGACAGAAAGAAAUGUGGACGAAGAGUAGAUUAUAGAUUCUACAACCAGCUUGAACAAAUACUGGGACUGGAAGCAGUUUCUCUGGAUGAGUACGACGAAAGAGACGAACAAGUAGACCAGGAGCCAGCAGGAGUAGAUGGCUUGAACACAGUGUGGACGGAGCACGAGACGGUUGCUCUCGUUGAGGUGUGGGCCGCAGACGACGUGCAGCACAGUCUGAAAACCUCCGUCCGCAACGGCCACAUAUUCGCCGACAUAUCGGAGAAAAUGGCGGCGUUGGGAUACCUGAGGACGGCGGAGCAAUGCCACUCCCGGAUCAAAAGGUUGAAGAAGACUUACAGGCGUCACUCCAACAGCAGGAGAAGUGGAGGCCGGCCCACAGUGUUUCGAUACUUCCAUCUCCUGGCUCCAGUGCUUGGUGACGACUCUUUGUUUGCUGAUGUGGACAGUGCCGCUGUGGACGCCACCUUACAAUCCUUUAUGGACAAGGAUGCUGACUUGUACGAGCAGCCCUCGACCAGCCACCUCCUGGCCGACCUGAGCAGAAAGAUGCCCUGGUCAGACCUGGAGACUCGCACCCUGCUGGAGAUCUGGGGCGAAGACAACGUCCAGCUCACCCUGAGGGGCUGCCUGAAGAACCGGCACGUGUUUGAGUACAUCUCCGACAAGAUGGGCGACCGAGGAUUUAUGAGGACCUCGGAGCAGUGCUAUACCCGCAUUAAGCGCCUCAAACAUGGCUUCCUCCAUGAAAAGGAGGAAUUUAAGUUCUUCAGUGAGAUGGAGGAAAUCUUCAGGAAGGAGUUGAAGGUAGACGGCUCAGUCACUGACACAUCAGUCCCAGAUGAGCCGGAUGACUGUGCACCUGAACCGAGCCAAAAGAAAGUUGCCUCAGGUAACCAGUGGGUGGCUGACAGCACAAAGCUGGCCUGGAGCGACGGGGAGACCGAGGCGCUCCUGGACAUUUGGGGGAGUAAGGAGAUCCAGGACAACCUGAAGGGCUGCACCAAAAACAAACAUAUCUUCAUCCAGAUCUCUCAGGUCAUGGCCAGCCAAGGCUACCUGCGCACUCCUGAGCAGUGUCAGACCAGGAUAAAGAGGCUGAGGGCCAAUUUCAGACACUUCCUAGAAGGCAGAAAAGGAGAAAAGCAGGAGUGCAAGUUCUUUGACCAGUUGGUGAAGAUAUUUGGCAGCAAAUAUGUAUUGAACUCUGACCCCCUGGCUGACGAUACAGCUGAUAUUGUUGAAUCAUGAAACUGUUCAUCAUCAAGACGACACACAGCAGAAGCAGGUGGACACAAAGAUUCAGAGGAAAAAUAACAAGGACAUAAAUGCAGAAACAGAUAUUUACUGCUGUGGUGUGCAGUUGUUUACAGAUGACAGAAGAAAGCCUGUCCAGGCUGGAUCACUGGAAUUUACAUUUGCCUCUGUACAUACUCAAGAUACUUUCACAUUCUUCAUACAGACAAGACCUACUUGGUAUGUAAUGGUGUGUGUGUGUGUGUGUGUGUGCGUGCGUGCGUGCGUGCGUGUGUGUGCGUGUUUAUGUCCCUCAACUAGAGUGUCCGUGUGAUUAUUAACACUAGAGCCAUGCCACUAAAACCAGGAUGCUCAGGGCUUGAGGGUCAAAAAUAAAACAUCUGAUAAUGACCUGGUAAAAGUCACAGAAAAUGCUGUGCUCUCCCGGGAAACAUGUUUUUUCUAAUGUUUAAUUAUUUUGUACUUGAACUUUAGUGAGUGAAUCAAAGUACAAGCAAAAAGAAAUACACGCAAGGCCUAAAACCACAGCCUACAUUUGCUUUUUGGUCUUAAAUGUUAAAUCUUCUGUCUUUGCACUUGUUUGUAAUGUUUGAAAUCUGAGUGGUGAAAGGUUAAAGUUGAAUUAUUUAUAAAUUUUGUUCUCAGUAUGUGUUGCUCUCUAGUUUUAUUUAUUUAAAUUACUGUUUACAUAUGUGUUCCAAAGUUUUACAAUUUUCUUUGACUAUGUUAUACUUUGAGCAUUAUUGAGGUACAUUUUUCCACAAAUAUGUAGAAGUUUUGUCACGUCCAUUAAAAGAAACUUAAAAUGUGCAA